UGGCUCAACAAGCACUUGUUGCUGCGCGGGGCUUCUUCCUCGUGACUCGACCAGCGUUUUUGAGUUUGCUGUCAGUGCCAGACGAGGCACCAGGCACGGCCUCGACAAUGGAGGCGGCGGCGGCGAAACAGCAGCAGGCCGGCCACGACCCCGCGGUUUGGUGCUGCGAGCGCACGAGCCGCCGCCGAGUGACGUGGCCGCAAGCCGCAGGCGACGGACGUCUCGCCGAGCCCGACGCGGCGGCCGAGGCGCGGCCUGAGGCGCGGCGACGGACAGCCACGGCCACGGCCACGGUAACGGCCACGAAGGCGACGGCGAAGGCCACGAAGUGCCCAUCAAGGUCCGCGUCCAAAGACACGAUCACCACCGAGCAGGAGCUGACUGCGUCUCGCUCGACGACCGCAGCCGACGAUCGCAGCAGCUGCGAGGACAGCCCCAAGCAAAGCACGGACGCGGACAUUGCCUGGGGGAGCACGGACAGCGAGGGCAGUGAUUACGACUCCAGCAGCGGAGCCAGCUGCACAGUCAAGAAGGCGAACUGGGCGGACCAGACGGACCAGGAGUUCGGGCCUGUCAUCGAGCAAGUGAUCGGAGACACUAGUGUUCUCCAGCAGAGGGCGGACAAGUCGGAGCUGCAGGCCUUGACGACGACUAUCUGCCAGGCGCCUCCGGUGGCGCCCCCCCCCAUGCACGCCAGGAAGUACGUCCCCCCCGGCUCUCGCUGUAGGGCCGCAUGGGCGCCCCAGCAGUCCCAGCUGUCCACGGCCAGUCCGCAGUCGCUGACCCCUAGCAGGCGGGGGUCCAGCAGUGCCGUCGCUGGAAGCGAUGGUGGAGUCUCUCCUACGGGCGACGGUACCAACCGCAGUGCACAUGGGCGCCCGAAGAAGAUGAAGGCUGCCGGCAUCACCCCCAAGCUUGGCAAGGUGACUACGCUGAUGGUGCGCAACUUGCCUGCCAAGCUGAAGCAGCAGGACUUCGUGUGGGAGCUCAACGCCAGCGGCUUCGAGGGCACCUUCGAUAUUUGCUACAUCCCCAGGGACUUCUCUUCCGGGCGUUGCAAGGGGUACGCAUUCGUGAAUUUCAAGCUGGUCGCCGAUGCCUGCCGGUUCCACGCCACCUGGCACCACACGGAACGAUUUGGUUGCCGCGAACACCGCUUGGACGUGUCCCCAGCUCAGAUCCAGGGCUACGAAGCCAACGCCGCGAAGGCCAACUCCUCCCACGUGGCCAAGGUUCGGAACCCAAGCUUCCGCGCGCUCAUCAUCAACAAGGACCAGGCUGCCGAACCGCAGUCGCCCCUCGGCUCGCCGAGCAGCUUGAGCCCGGCAGGCUUCAGCACACAACUGGGGCGCGCCGCGGCGCCACUGGUGAGCUCGCAGGGGCCUCCCUGCCCCGAGGCGGGUGAACGCGCCGCGGGUUCUGUGCGGCCGGCGCCGCAGGAGCUCCUCGGCUUUCCGGCGCCGACCCCCUUGCAGCACCGUCUGCCGCCGCGCCCGCUGGCAACCAGCCCAGCCGUCCUGCCCCGCGCGGUGCCUGACGGUGUCAUGGUCGUUGUGCUGAUGGGCAGCCCCCAGCACAGCAUGCUCCAGGAGUGCCCGGCGAUUCAGGUCAACUCGACGCCGAACUACGGCAGUGUCGUUGCUCACUGAAGCUUCUGCUCGCGGGGGACACCCCGGAAUAGCGCGCCCCACUAUGUAUCCUUGGCCACGGCUCGUUGCAUGCGCUCAUCUACGGCGAGUAGGCUUGUGCCGCGAUCUCAGUCUGCUUGUCGCAGUUCCCCCUACACCUCACCUCCCCUCAGAG